AUGGCGAGCAAGCGCCUGGACGCCGUCAAGCUGGCCAAAAGCUCGCGCUGGGAGGAGCUGCGGCGCCUCGUGGACGCCGAGCCGGCCACUGCGCAGCAGAUUGCCAUCAAGGCUCAGGCGCGUAUCGAGUGGCUACAGGCGCUGUUAGCCUCAUACCCAGAUGCAGUGCUCAAGAAAGCUCCAACAGGCGAGAACGCCGUGCGGCUUGCACGCAAAGCUGGCCUGCCCAGUCGCAGCAUUAAGUUACUCGAGGAGAUGUACCACCACGUGUGCGCCAAGGAAGGACUACCUGACCAACUGGCCGUGGAGGAGCAAGAAGCAAAGUUGCAGCAAGAAAGCCAUCAACUGCAACACGAAGAGGAAGGACAACUCCGACCUUCUGAACGAUUUCAAGCCAUCGCAGGAGAUCUCCCCGUACCGCAGCGUGUCAGCGGCGUGCAGUAUGGGCAGCGCCAGCGCCGACUCAGCAGCACGGCGUCGCUCAAGUUACGAUCUUUUUCAGACAACGAUUUCUACGCACAACAAGCGAAUGUAACGCUAGGCACACCCAACGUGGCACCCGGACCCGCUCCCAGUCCUUGGUCCCCACGAAGAGCAACCGAGAGCUCGAGACUGCAGUCCAUCGUAUCGCAGAGACCGUCGACUACCGGUGCUGCGAGGAGUAAUACCGUCUCCCUACCGCCGCGCUGGAUGAACGCUCCCAGUUGUAGCAUUUGUGCACAGAAGUUUGGUACAUUUAAGAAGCGCCACCAUUGCCGCAAUUGCGGCCAAUCCAUCUGCAGAGACCACUCGGCACGUGAACGCAUGAAGCUGCCGCACUACGGACUCAGCGAUCGUCAUCGUGUGUGUGUUGUGUGUCACGACAUGCUGCGGAAUGCGAACCGACAAGCGAGACAGCAGCAGAUUACGAUACAGGCAGCGCAACGAGUGGGCCAGCACACGCGCAUUAGUCAGGCUAUGAGUGGAGACGCUCGUCGUUCGGAUGAGGCACAGCGCUCCCCUCCGAGUAUGCUGGAGCGUCACGUGUCCGCUCCUGCGCGAGCUUCAAACUCCGCUGCUGGACCCUACAGAACUAGAAACGACACCGCAAUCAACGAACAGGUCGCGAAUCUGCAGAAGCAGGUCUCGCAGCUGAUGGAGGAGAAGCAACAAGCAGAGAUGCAGCUGCGUGUGCAGGCUGAGAUGCUGAAUGACCCAGAUCGACUCACGAACGGCUCUCGGGGCAGCAACACCAGUGGAAGUAGCGGUACUGGAGGCCUGCCAAUCUCUCGCGACCGCCAGAACUCGCUGCCCAUGCAGGUGCGUACAGGAUCUACUGCAGCUGCACCACUCAACACUGGCCCAGUGCCCAAUCCGGGUAUUGCAAUGUAUCGCUCUACGGGUCAAUUGUUGAACCGAACGCAGAGCGCUGGCAACUUCCGACCCGCACGCGAGAUAGAUAUCGAUAGUCCCGACUUUGGAGAUGACCAACCUCAGCAACCUCAGCAGCCGUCUCGGUCCAAUUCAACUGCAGUAAAUCCGGCACUUCAAAGGACGACAAGACUGCAGGACGCACUAAACACGAUCGCUGCUGUAGAGUCCACGUACGACGACAUUGAUGGCUCGGAUUCGGACUCGGAUAUUGAGGGACGACCGACAGAUAUUGGAGAUCUUCACGAUGCCGAGGCAGACGCUGAGGCUGAGAUAGAUGACGUUGCGAAGGAGUAUCUUAUUGACGAUGAAGAUGAGGACGAUGAUGACGACGAAGAAGCCGUGGUGGAGGCCGUGAAAGCUGCCAAUGCUGUGCAGGACGAGGGCGAGACAGAAGCGGAGAGCGAGGACGAUGUUGGCAGCGACACGUUGCCAGAAGUGGACGUGCUAGUGAAUCUCGGACAUGUGAUGAUGGAGAAAGGCAGUGUGAGUGCAGCAGUGCAAGCUUUCACACGUGCCGUGGAGAUCCGACCGGAUGAUCCCGCGCUUCAUUCGCUGCUUGGACGUGCGUAUUAUGCUGACGAGAACUUGGAGGAUGCCGUGGCUUCUAUCGCCAAGUCACUGGAGCUGGAGCCGUCUGCCACUAACUCCACGUUGUUGGGCAAGAUUCUGUUCGAGAAGGGAGACCACGAGAAGGCUAUUGCAGCCUACCAGCAAUCCCUGCACAUGCAAAAGUAA